GCGGAGGGAUUGCGGCGGCCGCAGCCGGGAUAACCUUGGGGCUCCGCGACCGAUUCUCGCACAGCGGAGGGGCGUCGCGAGCUUCUACUUCGGUGCACGGUGGCAGUGCAGCUCGAGCGGGACCGCGCCGGAGCUCCCCUGGAUCCAGUACCUCAGCAGCCAUGUCGAAGCCUCACAGUGACGUCGGCACGGCCUUCAUCCAGACCCAGCAGCUGCACGCGGCCAUGGCUGACACGUUCUUGGAACACAUGUGCCGUCUGGACAUCGAUUCACCACCCAUCACGGCCCGGAACACUGGCAUCAUCUGUACCAUCGGCCCAGCUUCCCGAUCGGUUGAGAUGCUGAAGGAGAUGAUUAAGUCUGGAAUGAAUGUGGCUCGUCUGAACUUCUCUCAUGGAACCCAUGAGUACCAUGCAGAGACCAUCAAGAACGUGCGCGCAGCCACAGAAAGCUUUGCUUCCGACCCCAUUCUCUACCGGCCGGUUGCCGUGGCCCUGGACACCAAGGGACCCGAGAUCCGAACGGGGCUCAUCAAGGGCAGUGGCACUGCCGAGGUGGAGCUGAAGAAAGGGGCCACGCUCAAGAUCACCCUGGACAAUGCCUACAUGGAAAAGUGCGACGAGAACAUUCUGUGGCUGGACUACAAGAACAUCUGCAAGGUGGUGGAAGUGGGCAGCAAGAUCUACGUGGACGACGGGCUUAUCUCUCUGCAGGUGAAGCAGAAAGGUGCUGACUUCCUGGUGACAGAGGUGGAGAACGGGGGCUCCUUGGGGAGCAAGAAGGGUGUGAACCUCCCUGGGGCCGCUGUGGACCUGCCUGCUGUGUCAGAAAAGGACAUCCAGGAUCUGAAAUUUGGGGUAGAGCAGGAUGUAGAUAUGGUGUUCGCAUCUUUCAUCCGCAAGGCAUCUGACGUCCAUGAAGUCAGGAAGGUCCUGGGAGAGAAAGGGAAGAACAUCAAGAUAAUCAGCAAAAUUGAGAAUCACGAGGGAGUUCGGAGGUUUGAUGAGAUCCUGGAAGCCAGCGAUGGCAUCAUGGUGGCUCGUGGUGAUCUAGGCAUUGAGAUUCCUGCAGAGAAGGUCUUCCUUGCUCAGAAGAUGAUGAUCGGGCGGUGCAACCGAGCCGGGAAGCCCGUCAUCUGUGCGACACAGAUGCUGGAGAGCAUGAUCAAGAAGCCCCGUCCCACCCGGGCUGAAGGCAGUGAUGUGGCCAAUGCGGUCUUGGAUGGAGCUGACUGCAUCAUGCUGUCUGGAGAGACGGCCAAAGGGGACUACCCGCUCGAGGCGGUGCGCAUGCAGCACCUGAUUGCCCGUGAGGCAGAGGCCGCCAUCUACCACUUGCAAUUAUUUGAGGAACUCCGCCGCCUGGCGCCCAUUACCAGCGACCCCACAGAAGCCGCCGCCGUGGGCGCCGUGGAGGCCUCCUUCAAGUGCUGCAGUGGGGCCAUAAUCGUCCUCACCAAGUCCGGCAGGUCUGCUCACCAGGUGGCUAGAUACCGCCCCCGUGCCCCCAUCAUUGCUGUGACCCGGAAUCACCAGACUGCUCGCCAGGCCCACCUGUACCGUGGCAUUUUCCCUGUGGUGUGUAAGGACCCGGUGCAGGAGGCCUGGGCUGAGGACGUGGACCUUCGGGUGAACUUGGCCAUGAAUGUUGGCAAGGCUCGAGGCUUCUUCAAGAAGGGCGAUGUGGUCAUUGUGCUGACUGGGUGGCGCCCCGGCUCCGGCUUCACCAACACCAUGCGAGUCGUGCCUGUGCCGUGAUGGGCCCCAGAGCCCCUCCUCCAGCCCCUGUCCCAUCCCCUUCCCCCACCCCAUCCAUUAGGCCAGCAAUGCUUGUAGUGCUCACUUGGGGUCUGUCACGUGGCGCUGGUGGGCUGGGAUGCCAGGGAAGCUGAAUGCCCCUGUAAAACAUGACUGUUUUUUAGGACCCUGUUCGGGUGAGGUGACCCAGAGCUGGGUUGCACAUCGUAUGAUCUCACCCAAGCAAGGGACGAAGGAAGGGUGCGGGACUGGAAGCCCUGGAGCUUAACAUGGAGGGCAACAGCUCCUGCUUCUCUUCCUUUGCAUACUCCCAUUCUGUUCCUGUAGAAAACAGAUGCUCAGAGAACUCCCAAUCCUGGCCUGGGGUCAAGAGACCACCAGCAAGAGUAGCAGCAUAGGGCAGUGGUUCCAGUUUAAGGAGACUGGCUCGGGCCCUUACUUGCUUCUCCACACCCUUCUGUCUCCCCCCACU